AUGAAUACAUUUAAUUUUUUGAAGCGCGUAAAAUAUUGUGUACAUCCACGUUUAUGGACGGUGGAAAACAAUGAAGACACGACUGCAACAGAGUUAUUCGAGAUAAAACAUUCAGAAGUAUGUAAAGAAGCAGAGAAAUCAAUCAGAGAAUUAGCAGGUUCAAUUCUUAUACUAGCUACUCUUCUCUGCACAGUCAACUUUGCUGCAGUUUUUACAGUCCCUGGAGGUUUUGAUCAAAAUAGUGGCAUACCUAUUCUCCUCAAGACACAACAUUCAGAUCUAUGGAUGUUGAUGGUUUUCUUAGGUGUAGCUCUUUAUGUUUCAGUAUUCACUGUGGGAACAUUGCUUUCCAUACUUCUAUCGAAGUUUGAUUCAGACGACUUUUAUAUUGCCUUGCCAGUGAAGUACUGCACUGUCAUUAUUUCUGUGUAUUACUCCGCAGCAUUCACAGUUCUGGCCGGCGUUCAAGCUCUUAAUGUUGAGAAUAUAUUCAUGGACAAAGAUGACCUUUAA